CAGCGACAUCCACGCCCUAUCGACAGAUUCAGCAGUUUAUAGAGUUUCCAACGUCAGUAUGAAGACAUUAAUUACUUUUCUACGUUUCUUCGUAUUAAUUGGUAUCGCCGUUUUCAUCUAUUGGAGGCUAUCGAUUUUUAUAGGGUGGAAGAGGUUUACGUCAUUAGAAGCAACCACCGACGUCAUAUUUUUGGAAACUUCGGGGAAUUCUUUAAAUCUUCGUCAAGCGUGUGCCAUCGAAUCAGCCGCCGUUCAUUACAGAAGAUUUGAAAUUAAUGUGAUGAUUUUAAAGGAGUUCGAUUAUGCUUACGGUCUAAAGAAAAGAUACUCGAAUAUUAAAUUAAAUCGAAUCGAUUUAAAUGAUACAUUCGAGGGUACUCCAUUAGAAGAGUGGUUUAGGAGCAAGAAAUGGUCUAAGAGUAAAUACAGCGUAACCGAACUCAGCGAUGCUUUACGAAUGCUCUUAAUUUGGAAAUUCGGAGGAAUGUAUUUAGAUUUGGAUGUAGUGAUCUUAAAACCUGUCUACGACAUAAAUAAUUUCAUUAUAAUGCAAGAUAAUGCCUACGUAAACAAUGCGAUCUUUCGAUUCGAUCAAUGGCACAACUUCCUCUACAGAUGCCUACUGAAUUUCCACAAAAAUUACAACGAAACUGUUUGGGGUUCUACAGGGCCUAAUCUCUUCACCAAAACUGUAAAGGACUACUGUAAAAUAGAUUCAUUUAAAAGAUUAUCAGCUAAGAAUUGUGAUAUGGACGUCCUACCCGAAGAUACUGCCUUCCCUAUUCAUUAUUCUAAGUGGCAGGAUUAUUUUCGUCCACCUACUUCUAGUCUCAUGAACAUUUUAAAAGAAAGUUUCGCGAUUCAUGUGUGGAAUAAUUUAAGUAAGAAUGAAACCAUACAGAUUGGCUCUGGAAGCAUUUAUGAAAUCGCUAUGAAAGAAAAUUGUCCCUUUAUAUAUGAAAAAUUAAAAAAAAAGGAAAAUAAUUUAAGGAUUGCAAUCUCUUGAUUGCAAUCUCUUCGGUUAUACAGGCUACCUUCAGUACAUGGCGUUAACAAUUUAAUGCAUUUUCUAUGGGGAAA